AUGAAUAAAAUCAUAGUAGAUGCUCUGGCUACUGCGAAUCUCUUAGAAACAAGGUCCAGUCAGUCGUUCUUCUUGGAAAAUAGGGUGAUAUGUUAUGCUGAUGACAUAGUAUUGAUAACAAAAAGUUUGGAAGAAACCCAAAAUUUGAUCUCUAUAUUGAACUUCUUUAGUUUUAAGGUUGGCUUGGAUAUAAACUUUGAUAAAACAGUGAUAAUACCCUCAUCUCAGGCGCCUCUUCUGAAUAAUUUGGCGGUUGGGGGAAAGUUGGUUAAGGUGGUGAAAUCCUUUAAAUAUCUAGGUGUAACCAUUGACAAUAAAGGUAGUAAAGAGGAACAAAAAAUUCGUAUACAAAAUGCUAGGGCGGCUUUUUAUAAAUUUUUUAAACUGUGGAAAGCUAGAGAGAUAUCAGUUUUCACAAGACUCCGUAUUUUCAACUCAACCAUCAUCCCGAUUCUCUUUUAUGGCGGUGUUACAUGGGAGAUUACCAAGACCGAAACUAGGAAAUUACAAACGAAUAGUGGAUGUGCCCUCAGUCUAGAAAAUACCGAUUUCUCCUUAUCUUCCAUAAUUUUUGUAUACGUUUAA